GCCUGGCCAGGGGAGGUUACACACUGCUGCUUUGAUUCUAAUCCCCAAACACUUACACUCUCAGACUCACUCGCACUCGGAGAACCCUCUGUAUGAGGAUAAGUCUCUGACGCUUGGAACAUAACUCGUUUUGGAGUUCCCUGGGACUUACUGGAAAAACACUGUGGGACACCAUGGCACUACGACAGGACGCUGGUAAAGAACCCAGCAUUGAGCUCUUCAUCAAGGCCGGACAUGACGGGCAGAAUGUUGGAAACUGUCCGUUUUGCCAGAGACUCUUCAUGGUUCUGUGGCUGAAAGGAGUCAAGUUCACUGUGACCACAGUGGACAUGAAGAAGAAGCCAGCGGAACUGAAAGACCUGGCCCCAGGGACCAACCCUCCUUUCCUGUUGUACAAUGGGGACCUCAAGACCGACUUCAUCAAGAUUGAGGACUUCCUGGAGCUGACACUGGCCCCGCCCAGGUACCCCCACCUCAGUCCCCAGAACAAGGAGUCCUUUGAUGUGGGUGCAGACAUCUUUGCAAAGUUCUCAGCUUACAUCAAGAGCACGACCACCAACACCUACCACGAGACGGCCCUGCUGCGGGAAUUCAAGAGACUGGAUAUCUAUCUGAAUGCCUCUCUCCCACAGGAAAUAGACCAUAACUCCAGAGUGGAUAUGCUGGUCUCCAACAGGAAGUUCCUGGAUGGGGAUCACCUCACACUGGCAGACUGCAACCUGCUUCCCAAACUCCAUGUCAUUAAGAUUGCUGCCAAGAAGUAUUGUGACUUUGACAUCCCGGCCCAGUUUACAGGGGUCUGGCGGUACCUGCAGAACGCCUAUGAAAGAGAGGAGUUUCGACACACCUGCCCAGCCAACAUUGAGAUUGAGAAAGCCUACCUGGAUGUAGUUGGCAAAAGGAAAUAAGUGUCCUUCCCCAUCCUCUGAACUCUUUUCUCUUGUCAAACCUCUUCUCUGAACAGUAUGCAUCCCCAAGUCAAUAUAUUCUGAACUGAGGCCGUCUCAUAUAGCAAGUAGUGCCAUCAAAAAUCUAUGGGAAGCAUUGCUCUUGUAUAGUAAUCCAGUAGUCAGUAGGUCUAUGUUUCUAUCUCUGUGUUUCCAUCAUAGAGCAUGAAUACAUCAUAGAGCAUGAGUAUGUGGGAUUGCCCAAUGUGCUUCACUUCCACACUUCCAGGGAAUUGCCUCUGAUAAUUCUGUUUAUUGUAUGACUAAAGGUAAAGCCAGGGCUGCAUUGAGGAAAGUUCAGUGGAUACUGUCCACGGUUCAGGCAGCUAGCAGCAUGUCAAUAGAUGAGCAGCAGUAGUUCAGGUACCUUCACCACUCUGAUUUGACAAUGUGAAUGUACACUCAGUGACCACUUUAUCAGGUAAAACUCUAUACCAGCUUGUUAAUGCAAAUAUCAGGCAAUCAUGUGGCAGCAACUAAAUGCAUAAAAACAUGCUGAUGUGGUCAAGAGGUUCAGCAGUUUUUCAGACAGGGUGAUUUGAGUACCUCAGGAACUACUGAUCUCCUGGGAUUUUCACGCACAACAGUCUCUAGAGGUGCGAAAAGAAAAAAACAUCCAGUGAGCCACAGUUCUGCAGGCAAAAGCAUUGUUAAUGACAUUAAGGAGAAACCUCUGAGUGGAUAGGCUACAGCAGCAGAAGUUAAAAGAAUAAGUUAAAAUAUUAAGUCUAAUAAAUUCCAAAUAAAGUGCUCAGUGACUGUAUAUAAUAUACAUAUAAUGCACUGAAGACAAACAUAUUAAUGAGGUUUUUAGCUAACUUAAUGUUCCAAGUUGAGCUGCCUUUUCUCAUCACAUCCAGCCCGAUCCUGAUUAAUGAAAUUUCACAUACAGUAUGCGAUAAUGACAAUGAUGAUGGUGAUGAAAACAUGUAUAGAUGUAUUUCAUUUUCAGAAUAUUCAAUGAAUGCUUGAAUUGGGGCAAAUUCUUUAAACAACAAAGAAUCAUUAUUACAUAUGCCUCUUGUUUCACAUUUUAUCAUCUUGGCAGCAUGUUUGUCUGGAUUUUGACCUAUUCUGAAUCCUGCCAUAUUAAUGGUAAUGACUGGAAGAGCUUCACAAUUCUGAAAAUGUCAAUGUACAGUGUGCCUGUGUGGCACUGUGAGGAUGAUGAACAUUGAACAACAUCUGGUUAAAUACUGCCUCUAUGUGGUAAAAAAUUGCAUGGCAUUUUUGUCUGAAAGGCGUAAUUCUUCCAAAGACAUUCAAGUCAAGGUUUUCUUUUUUUUUCUUUUUUCUUUUUUUUUUUUUUUUUUUUUGAGAGAGAGUUGAGAGUCUUGCUUUAGUUUAGAUGCUUUAGUUUUUGUAUUAAUAAAAUGAGGGUUUGAACCUGACAUGGGACAAAUAUAUAAGAUUUGAAUAUUUUUAUUUGAAUUUGCAUUUCUGGAUACACUGCAAUGCUGGAAAACAUGUAUUUGAAACAUAUAUUUGAAGUGUGCAUAUUAUUUAUCUUUUUUUUUUAAUACAGAUACAUUUCACAGAUUUGAUUACUUUCAAAAUUAGCUUCAAUAUAGCAACAAUUGUAAUUAAAAGCAGUUCACUCCCAGGUAACCGCUUUGACACCCCAAUGUGUUUAAAGUCUUAAAUGGUUCACAUGGCUUUGAAAUGAAUCCUUUUUGAUGCUGAAUUUGGGGAACAUUAAACAUGUGACAAUUUAAUGAAAUAAUAAAAUACAUUAAGUAUUUUAAAAUCUGAAA